AUCUAGGAGUGAUCUACUCACAUCCUCUGCUUUGCUAUCGUCUAGUGUUCUUAACAAAUAACAACUACAAACUUUCAUCGCUUGUUGCAAAAAGUUGUUUUUAAAGAGCAAUUAAUACGUUCAAAUGUAUUUUAGUUAGUUUCACGCAAUACCAAAUACUUUCUCCCAGAAUGACGCUGGCAGUCAUUGGUCUUUUUUUUACCCUGUUUAGCAGCAUCAUCGCCACCACGCCUGCAGCUAGAGAGUUUGUAUCUCUGGCAGAAAGAGAAGAUGCUCUUCUUAGGGACUUGUUUCAGGGGUACCAGCGUUGGGUCAGGCCUGUUCAGCAUGCAAACCACUCUGUGAAGGUCCGCUUUGGCUUGAAGAUAUCUCAGCUAGUGGAUGUGGAUGAGAAAAACCAACUCAUGACCACUAAUGUGUGGCUAUGGCAGGAAUGGCUGGAUUAUAAACUGCGAUGGAACCCUGAGAAUUAUGGUGGCAUCACCUCUAUCAGAGUCCCGUCAGAGAGCAUCUGGCUCCCAGACAUUGUUUUAUAUGAGAAUGCCGAUGGACGUUUUGAAGGCUCACUUAUGACCAAAGCCAUCGUGCGUAACAACGGCAUGAUCACAUGGACGCCUCCUUCCAGCUACAAGUCCGCCUGCACCAUGGAUGUGACCUUCUUCCCGUUCGAUCGGCAGAACUGCUCUAUGAAGUUUGGCUCUUGGACGUAUGAUGGAAACAUGGUCGAACUAGUCCUCAUCAACCAGCAGGUGGACCGAAGCGACUUCUUUGAUAAUGGCGAGUGGGAGAUUCUCAGUGCCACUGGGGUCAAAGGCAGUCGACGAGACGGCCACCUCUCCUACCCCUACAUCACAUACUCGUUCAUCCUGAAACGUCUUCCUCUCUUCUACACACUCUUCCUCAUUAUUCCCUGCCUGGGCUUGUCCUUCCUAACAGUGCUGGUCUUCUACCUUCCCUCUGAUGAAGGGGAAAAAGUCUCUCUCUCCACCUCCGUCCUGGUGUCCCUCACUGUCUUUCUUCUCGUCAUCGAGGAGAUCAUCCCUUCUUCCUCCAAGGUUAUCCCGCUGAUUGGAGAGUACCUGCUUUUUAUCAUGAUUUUUGUCACUCUCUCCAUCAUCGUGACGGUUUUUGUGAUCAACGUCCACCACCGCUCUUCAGCUACUUACCAUCCCAUGUCUCCGUGGGUGCGCUCGCUGUUUCUCCAGCGGCUGCCUCAUUUGCUCUGCAUGAGGGGAAACACGGACCGCUAUCAUUACCCAGAGGUGGAGCCUCACAGCCCUGACCUCAAGCCCAGGAACAAGAAAGGGUCAUCUGGCCCCGAAGGAGAAGGUCAAGCUCUGAUUAAUAUGCUGGAGCAGGCAACCAACUCGGUUCGCUACAUCUCACGCCACAUUAAGAAGGAGCAUUUUAUUAGGGAGGUAGUUCAGGACUGGAAGUUUGUAGCUCAGGUGUUGGACAGGAUUUUUCUCUGGGCCUUCCUCACAGUCUCCGUGCUCGGCACCAUCCUCAUCUUUACACCCGCCCUCAAGAUGUUCCUGCGAACACCUCCACCUUCUCCAUGACACUUGAGUCAUUC